GCCGAAACCCGCAGAUAAGGAAGCCUUAUUACUCGGGGACAAUCCUCAGCGACAGUCCGUCGGAGCGGCAGACAAUCUUCCCACAACACCCGCUACCAUGGCCGAAACCACACCCCUGAUGACCUCUUGGAAAGAGCACGAAAAGCCCGGCUCCCCGCCGCCGCCCCGGCACUGGGCCCGCCGCGCCCUGCUGCCCAUGGCCCUGCUCGGCGCCAUCGCCGUCUUCGCCCCGGGCCUGCUGCCCUGGGGCCGGCCGCUGACCGCCCUGCCCUCCGGCCCAAGCGGCGCCGCAAGCCCGGCGUUCCGCGCGCCAAAGUGCGCCCAGGUCGAGCCGCUGCUCCCCAACGCCACGUCGCCGCGGCUGCGCGACAUGGACGCGCUCUUCUCCACUCCCGAGUUCCGCGACCUCAGCGCCGCCCGCCUCUCGGGCGCCGUGCGCAUCCCCACCGUCUCGCACGACGACAUGGGCGCCGUGGGCGAGGACCCGCGCUGGCUGGCCCUCGUGCCGCUGCGCGACUACCUCGCCGCCACCUUCCCGCUGGCCCACGCCGCGCUGCGCCGCGAGCUGGUCAACGAGCACGGCCUGCUCUACACCUGGGCCGGGUCCGACGCCUCCCUGGGCCCGACCGUGCUCAUGGCCCACCAGGACGUGGUGCCCGUGGCCGACGAGACGCUGGACCAGUGGACGCACCCCCCGUUCUCCGGCCUCUACGACGGCGCCCGCGUCUGGGGCCGCGGCGCCUCCGACUGCAAGAACAACCUCGUCGGCAUCCUGGCCGCCGUCGAGGCCCUGGCCGCCGCCGGCUUCCGCCCACGCCGCACCCUCGUGCUGUCCUUUGGCUUCGACGAGGAGAUCUCGGGCGCCCGGGGCGCCGGCCACCUCUCGCGGGCGCUCUUGUCGCGCUACGGACCAGACUCGGCCGCCGUCGUCGUGGACGAGGGCGCCGCCAUCCUCAACCAGUGGGGCGCCACCUUUGCCGCGCCGGGCGUGGCCGAGAAGGGCGCCGUCGACGUCGAGGUGGUGGUGCGCAUGCCGGGCGGCCACUCGAGCAUCCCGCCGCGCCACAACGCCAUCGGCGUCGCCGCCCAGGUCGUCGCCGCCGUCGAGGGCGACCCCUACCCGCCCCGCCUGCACGCCGGGAACCCCUUCCUCGACGUGCUGCGCUGCGGCGACGAGCACGCCCCGGCCUUUCCCGACGGCCUGCGCAGGCUGCUCAGGGAGCGCGACGACGGGAGUGGCAGCAACAAGGACGACGAAAAGGACGAGCUGGCCGAGGAGGCGGCCCGGGCGGGCGACAUGGUCCGCUACCUCUUCGCCACCUCGGCCACGCCCACCAUCGCGCGCGGCGGCAUCAAGAGCAACGCCCUGCCCGAGCGCGUGGUCCUGACCGUCAACCACCGCAUCAACGUCGGCGAGUCCUUUGCCGACGUGCGCGCCAAGCUCGCGCAGGCCGCCGGCGCCGUUGCUGCCAGGCACAACCUAACCUUGCACCCGUUUGAGAAGGUGCCAAGCUUCGACGGCGAGGACGACGACGACGACGAGCCGCCCUCGUCCGUCACGCUGCGCGUCCGCAGCGCCCCGCUGGAGCCGGCGCCCGUGACGCCGACGUCGACCGAGGGGGGCACGACGCCGUACGGCGUGCUCGCCGGCACCACGCGCGGCGUCUACGGCGAGCGCCUGCUGGUGGCGCCCGCGCUCAUGACGGGCAACACCGACACGCGCUACUACUGGGACCUGACCCGCCACAUCUUCCGCUACGGGCCCCAGUGGGAGGACGGCGCCGCCAGCGACUUUGACAACGGCAUCCACACCGUCAACGAGCGCGUCAGCAUCGCCGCCCACGUGAACGGCAUCAAGUGGUACAGCUCCUUUAUCCGCAACAUGGACGAGGCCGUGCUGGAGUAGCUUGUUGUUGUUGUGUACGCGGCUGGCAUGGGGGAAAUGAAUUAAAACCAGGGUAUCUAAGCCGUUAUGAAUAAAUACAUCCAGAAGAAAAAAACAAUCCUUGCUAAAUGGUUGCUUAUAAAAGAACAGCCACCAGGGC